AUGUUUAAAGCAGUGGUUGUAAUGACGAUAUUGGUGGCAGCGGGUGUAAAGGCGAGGAUUCCUUACAAACCAGAGCCUAGAGAAGAGUAUGAGAUAGAUAUCAGUGGAGAUAUGGGCAGCGGCAAUUUGGACAAUUUCGAUGUGGGGAGUGGACUGCCUUCCAUAUCAACCUUAAACGUGAGAGGAACGAUGCGAACUAUUGUGCUGAGCGAGGUAGUUGCCAACAUCACUCGCCUUCUUCAACGCGUACAAACAUUCCCUAUGGCAUCAUCCAUUACUGAAUUACUAACCAGACUAGGACAGAUCUCACCGGCAAAUGUGGCCAUGCUUGCAAAUCCAAACCGCCAACAGGACAACGAAUUAGUCGAUAACGUACUGGUUGCGAACAACAUAAUCAACCAAAUGCUCAGCUCUUCUGAUGAACAGCUCCGUCGAGAUCCAGUGAAUCUGGCGGCACUUGUUUAUGCCUCAAACAAUAUCGCAGAGUAUAAUAGGACACAUCGCAUCGAGCGCGAACCUGAAGAAGACGAAGGAGCAGCUGAAAUUGAGCCCGAAGAUGAUGGCAAUUGA